CCACUGUUCGCUUGUCAGGCUCCAAAUAAAGUUCUUCGGGGCUUUGAAUUUUUUUUUUUAAAGCGCCCGCUGCAGUCGCGGCCGCCGCGGGCGAGAGCGGCCGAGUCCCCGCCCCGCCACUUCCGGUCCCGCCGCCUCGAGCCGGUGCGGCUGAGAGGGGCCGCGUCUCGCCGCUGCCGCCGCCGCUGCCGCCGCCGCCGGCCGGCCGGGCAUGGUGUUGGGUGCCGGGCCCGCCUCGCCUGUCUCGGGGUGCCCAGGGGAAAGGUGGCAGUAAUGCUGACGCUUGCGAGCAAACUGAAGCGGGAUGACGGUCUCAAAGGGUCCCGGACGUCAGCCACGGCCUCCGACUCCACUCGGAGGGUGUCUGUGAGAGACAGGCUGCUUGUUAAAGAGGUUGCAGAGCUUGAGGCUAAUUUACCGUGUACGUGUAAAGUGCAUUUUCCUGAUCCAAACAAGCUCCACUGCUUUCAGCUAACUGUAACCCCAGAACUGGGUGUCAGAUGGGGAAAGCACAACCCUGCCAUGUGCCUCCAUCCUGUGACCUUUGUCCACUGGGAUGUUUGUGCCUUGGGGCAGUGCAUCAUGGUAAGAAGAGAGCUGAGAAGCCAACCUUCUGCUUCUAGUGGGGACAGCUAUGAGAAGGGAGAGGGAAGGAGUGGCCGGUGGGAGUCUGACCUCGUGAGACUGUCAGGCAGCUUUCUUUUAGGGAAUGCACCCGGACACUGGCCACCUAGAAGUGGAUUCUCCUGGAGCUGUUUGUGCCCACAGACCCCUUGGCCAGUCUCCUCCCAGGAAUACCCCUAACCUGGCUGAAAGUCAGUGGCAUAUGGUUCCUCUCCUUGUAACCCUGAGGGGCGGGGAUAGGCUGGCCCAGUGAGCUGGAUGCCAGGAACUUUCCUGCUGUGUUUCACUGUUGUACUUGAACUGUUGUCCCAGUUAUCUGAGAAGCAGGAGGUUUUCAGUCGCGGCAGCCUCACACAGUGAUGCAGUGGGCCGUCCCAGACUUGGAUGUGGCACACGCUGGGUUACGGACGCUGUACACGAACCCUGUGCCUGCUGGUCCAGAGCUGCGCGGCCUUUCUCAGUCUCCACCCUGCAAGGCGCCAGCUUGGGAGCCGGACCCGGGAGGUGGGUCAGCAAGAAGUCUUCACUGGGGCCUUCGCUGAGAAAAUCACAGGAAAUAAGAGUUGCUCUUAAGUGUGUUUCCUCUCCGUACAGUCUGCUUGCUCCCCAGCUGCUUUUUAAGUAGGACAUGGCGUUUCUAUGCAAAUUCAAUAAAUAAAUAGAGUGGCUCGGGUCCCAAAGCUGUGUAUGUCCUUAGACGAGGAGACAAGGAGUGCUGCCUCAGCAGCAGAUCGUUCUCCUGACACAGACAAAAACUAGAACUCUCCGCUUCCUGUGUGUCUUCAACCAGUUCAGAGAUGAUAAAUUGUAGUAAUUAUUAAAUGAGGGCUUGGCUAGGACAGAGGAGUAUGGUAAAAUCGAACCCCCAUUAGACCAAAUCACAGCUUCUCUGGAACUGGUUGGCAGCCUUGUCGAAACUACAUGAUCGUGAAGUGGAAGGCCAACUAGAGAAAAACCGCAGUGUGGCAGGAUGCGGUGACUGGAGCACAGCCCGGAGGAGCGAGAACAGGCGAGAGCAGACGCGGCGCUGCACCGGGAGCUGGGGCGACAGCACGCACAGCGCCCGCCGCACCGCGUGCAGAGCCCAGCGCCAGAUCCCCCUGCCGCGGGGGCGCCCGGUGACACAGGAGCCUCGCCGGGGCAGAGCCCCCGGUGGGCGUGGCUGUGCUCUCAUGACUUCAGACCUGCGAUGCCCUUGUUUGCAGAGUUCUUGUAUCUGGAGGGAAAAUUUUUCCCCCAAAACAGCCUUUUCUAAAGACUCUCGGUGCUGUCAGUCACUGAUCCAGGGGUGCCAGUGAGGGCUAGAAAUAGCCGCAUCGGAUGAGUGGGGAAGGGUAGAAUAAUCUAGGCCGCAUGACGGUCGAGGCCAGCCGUGAGGAAGAACAUGCUGCCUCGUUCCCGUGAGUGAGUGGGCUGCGGAGUACAUGAAACCGUAAGAUCGCUGUGAGAAAGUAGGGAGAUGAGAUGUUUCUGUCAUCUGGGUUGGGAAAGAUCUUUGUGAGCACAGGACCAAAGACACACCGCAGGAAGACUGGCUUCAGGGCAAGAACUAGUUGAACCACACAAUCAGUGAUAAACCAGCAGACUAAGAAACACUGUAGCAAAUACGAAAGGCAGAGGUUGAUCUUCCUAAGAGCUUUUCUAUAUUGGUAGUUAAAAGAUGAAUACUUGGGUGAUAAAAGGACAGUUAAAGAACAUCAGUCAUUCGGUUCUUGCUUUAAAAAUGACCCAUAAUAUGAAAUAAAUUUCAGCCUCCCUGCUUUUCAGAUGAAUGUAAAACAGAAAUACGGUCUUUCUCCUCUGUCACACUGGCAAAGAAUGAAAACAUUGGGGUCUGUAGAUGUUGACACAGUCUCGGAAAAUUGUGUUGUAGUGAUGAUUUGUUUGACACUAACAACUCUGUAUUAAAUAUUUAUUUUAUGUAAGCAGCUGAGGGAAGCAAUAAUAUGUAGUAUUGUUGAUUUGUUCACAGUGAUAAAUAUUUGGGGGAAAGUUGAACUUUCUUAUUAAAGAUGGUGUUAAUUUUGCCAGACUGUGAAGUUCAGAGUAACUGAAAACCCCGGUGCAUUUCCAGCUUGGAGCACAGGCGUGAGCGCCCUCUGCUGGCAGCAGCACGAGUAGCGCCCACAAUUCAUCCGCAGGCCAGGCUCGCCUGGGGUGGGUGGACUCUUAGCAGAGGCAGAGGCGGCUGGCGCAGUUGCGACUGUGCUGUGGGGUCUGUGACCUGGUGCCACCCUGCCUCCACACGUCCUCCUGCAUGCCCACCGGUGCCCUCCAGCCCCGUUCCAGGGGGCGCGCUCUGUUCAGAAGGCUGCACCGAGCACUCAGCCAGUCGGCUCGCAAGUGUUGACUGUGCACGCUCACUGGGGCAGGGGCUGUGUGCUUCACUGCCUGUCCCCAGGGCCUGGAGCACCCCUCGGACCUGACACUCUCAUGGGGCAGCCAGCCGCAAAGAGAUGACCUUGCAGCUUACCCAGGAUGGUUACCUGUCAUGAGAUGUGUUUGAAGGGGGCACACGGGCGCUGUGAUGCGGAGUGGGACGGGGCCGAGGUGAGAACAGGGCUACCCGGGCCGGCUCUGGGCGGCUGAGGGAUGCCAGCGCCUCCCCUGAGCGCACAUGGCCGGCGAGGAGACGGACAGCAGGCAGGGUCGCGGGGAGCCGAUUUCAGUUCAUCAUCAGGGCAGGGGCAGGAUUUGGGGACGUAAGGAAGGAAUCCUGCAGUCUUGUUUUUUAACUCUUAAUUCUCUGUUUUUGCCGUAUCCUAACAUAGUGUUUGCUUUCUGUUAACUUUUUUUUUUUAAUUUAA